AUGGCUACCUGCGAACCGAUAUUCAAAUUGUUGAGAAAAAACCAGUCGAUUGUAUGGAACAACGAUUGCCAAGCGACAUUCUAUAAAAUAAAAAAGUACUUGCUAGAACCACCAAUCUUGAUACCACCGGUUCCUGGUAGACCCCUCAUUAUGUAUCUCACGGUACUCGAUGAAUCCAUGGGUUGCAUUUUGGGUCAACACGACGACACAGGCAAGAAAGAACAUGCCAUAUACUAUCUCAGCAAGAAAUUCACUGAAUGUGAGACUCGAUACUCACUUUUGGAGAAAAGUUGUUGUGCUUUGACUUGGGCUACUCAACGCCUGAGGCAAUAUAUGAUUUGUCACACUACUUUAUUAAUAUCCAAGAUGGAUCCGAUAAAGUAUAUAUUCGAAAAGCCUGUUGUUACUGGUAGAAUUUCCUGGUGGCAAAUGUUGUUAACCGAGUACGAUAUACAGUAUGUGGCCCAGAAAGCAAUAAAAGGGAGUGUUCUGUCUGACUAUCUCGCUCACCUGCCUGUCGAAGGUUACCAACCGUUGAGGUUCGACUUUCCAGAUGAAGACAUCAUGUUUAUCAGAGACUUCACUAUGCCAGGCUUCGAGGUAAGCCCUGAGGAAGGCCCCGAACCAGGAUCGCAAUGGACGCUCGUGUUCGACGGUGCUUCUAAUGCUCGAGGCCAUGGUAUAGGUGUUAUUAUCACUUCUCCAACUGGUUUCCACCUUCCGUUUACCGCUAGAUUGUGUUUUGACUGCACCAACAAUAUGGCAGAAUAUGAGGCAUGUAUCUACGGUUUAGAGGCGGCAAUCGACUUGAGGAUCAAGAUUCUUGAGGUAUUUGGUGAUUCAGCUCUAGUAAUUAGUCAGGUGAAAGGCGAUUGGGAAACUCGGGAUAUCAAGCUGAUACCUUAUAAUGAGGACAUCAGAAAACUGAUACCCUAUUUUGGUGAAAUCUCUUUUCAUCAUAUUUCUAGGGAGGAAAAUCAGUUGGCAGACCUUCUAGCCACGUUGGCAUCUAUGUUCAAAUUCAAAUGGAAGAAUGAAGCACCAUUCAUCCAGAUUGACCAGUUAGAUGAACCAGCACAUUAUAUAGCAAUUGAGGUCGAUCCUGACGAUAAGCCUUGGUUCUAUGACAUAAAAACAUUUAUGGAGAAAUAA